CAACCAACGACCAAGACCCAAGAGGCAAAGAACAACUCAGAAAUGGGCAGCAUCAGUCUGUUCGCCGCAGCAGUGCUAUUCCAGCACUCCCUCUAGGUUACUCUUUUGAAUGAGUUCAAUUUUUUUGAUAGCACGGCCAUCGUGUCGCCAUGGCCACGAUGGAUUCCCGCAACGACGAAGAGGCCACCAUCAAGGUCGCCUCGACCAAAAAAUCCGUCACCCCCUCCCGCUCACAGGCUUUCGGCAAGAUUAAGCUCAGGAAGCCUCCUCCAAAACAGGUCAAGCCCGGCAACUGGAAGGAGGCCGCCGUCAUCGAAGAGGACAAGAAGAAAUCCAAGGACAAUGCGAUCACCGCCGCCUCUCCCAGCCCGGUGAUCAUCCCGCUUGAAGAUGCUUCCCGCGAGAACUUCCACACCGGCCGCCCGCUCGAGGAUGUGCUCGACAUGUUCCAGUGCAAACAUUGCAAGAAGGUCAUCACGCGAUCCGCCGGUGCCGACCACGUUGCCCGAUGCUUGAGGAUCAAGAAGGAGAAGGCACAGCGCAAGAAGGAGGCACGCGAGGCACGCGAGCGUCUCAAGGAGGCGGCCAGGGAGGAGGAGGCGCGCAAGGCGGAAGGGGAUAUGGCCGGCCGGGGCGACGACGAUAGCGACGACGACGACGACGCGAAAGACGGUGCGGGCAAGACGGCCGGCAAGGGGAAGAAGACAAACGUCGCAGGCAAGAAGAGAAAAGCGGAGGGCGAGCUCGACAAGGGCAAGGCCAAGAAGAAGAAGGACGAGCCCAAGCCGAAGACGGCGAAACCAAAGGGCCCCGUCGAUGUCGAGAGGCAAUGUGGCGUGCUGCUGCCCAACGGCCAGCCCUGCGCCCGAUCUCUGACGUGCAAGAGCCAUAGCAUGAGCGCCAAGCGAGCCGUGCCGGGCCGGUCCCUGCCGUACGACAUGCUCCUCGCGGCGUAUCAGAAGAAGAACCAGGCCAAGCAGCAGAAGGCCGCCAUCGACGCCAACGCGCCCCUGGAAGACGACGACGACGCCAACCAGGGGGCGGUCGACAGCGACGAGGAGACGGCAGCCGUAAUGAGUGCCCUUGCCAACUGGAACCCGCAGCCAGUGGUCCCGCAGCCCGUCUUUGCGCCUACGAAACGGCAGUACCAACUCGCGCGCCUCCACGAGCAGCUCCAGGCCGCGACGAACGGCGGCCGGGUCAACAUCUUCAAGGUCGUCGGCUACGGCGCGCAGCGGCUUCCCGAGGGGCAUCCCGGCCUUCUCGACCACGACGAUGCGCCGGGCGAGCCGGACCCGGCCCCGGUGGGCGGUGAUUUCUCGCGGCGAUCGUCCAGUUUCAGCCUCGGGGGACCACCCCAGCGGCGGCCGUCGGUCACGGGUCGGGCGUAGGGCGCUCGAGCUUUCAGCCUGGCGACGGCCACUUUGUACGGGCGGGCCGCAUCGGCAGGCAACGGCGGCGGCAGCAACAACUACGGUCGCGACAAGCAGGU